CGAGUUUCGUGCUCUUUCAUUCCAUUCUACUUCAACCUUCCUCACCUUUUAUCUUGGUACUCUAGUUUGGUUUCCUCGGUCCCUUAGGACCAAUUUGAAUAAAUAUUUGAGUAUGUGAGCCUUUCUAUCCAAGAGUAAUGAUCUGCAAUGGGUAUCUAUUCGUUGUUGAGUUCUUAGACGUCAUCUGCUCCAUAUGUCACAGGGCUGUUGUUGAGGUUGCUGCAAUGAGAAAUCGAAGUUGUUGCUACUACCUCGGUCCGAAUUUCGUGCUCUUUCAUUCCAUUCUACUUCAACCUUCCUCACCUUUUAUCUUGGUACUCUAGUUUGGUUUCCUCGGUCCCUUGGGACCAAUUUGAAUAAAUAUUUGAGUAUGUGAGCCUUUCUAUCCAAGAGUAAUGAUCUGCAAUGGGUAUCUAUUCGUUGUUGAGUUCUUAGACGUCAUCUGCUCCAUAUGUCACAGGCAGGAUCCACCCAUAUUUAUUUUAUUUUAUUUUUGUUUGUUAAAAAUAUGUAAUUAUUUAUUUUAGACAUUGUAAAUUUAUUUAAAAUAUUUGUAGUUUUCUUAUUCAACUUAUAUUUGAGUCGGUUAGGCUUGCUUGGGGAUUAUAUUCCUGAGCGCCGAUCAUGGCUCAUUUUGGGCCGUGACAUAAACCAUUCAAAUUUAAUGUUAGAUGACUUAAAUGUUUCUCAAUAGUGGAUUGAUUUUCAUGUUAAGUUUUUUUUCUGAAAUUAUGAUUUAAGAGUUGGCAUAAUACUACUUUUAUAUAUAUAAAUAGUCCUUAAUUCUGAAAGUUUGGAUAUUCUAAAUACCAAAAAAAUAUAUAUAGAGAAAUAUUACAUAACUUUUACCAAAGAAUAAUCUUAGAAUAUUACAAUAUUUCUAAGAGUUAUACCAAAAAAAUUAUAAAACUCUUUUAUCUUUUCUUCUUCAUUUAUCCUUAUUAUUUUUACAAUAACAAACCAUCAAAGUGUACAUUAAGUACUUAGUCAUGAAUACCUCAGCCAUUCACCCUUCAGCUAAGAUUGAUUACUUAAUACGUUAAGAAGGCAGGGGAAGUCAAGUCCAUGUUUCUCACAAAGCAACUUGGUGGAAAUUAGCUGCAUAAUUAUUGAACAUGGCUGGUCCACUUAUUAAUGAAUUACAGCUAGCAAGACUUUACCUGCUUGACUCACCAAGUCAAUCCAUGAAGAAAAAUCUAUACCAUAGUUCAUGUAUUGCUUGGUUUAUUCACUUCAUUCCCAAUUGCUUGUAGUUGUUACACAUUUUAAUUCUCACAGAUGUGAAACUCUGCAAGGACUGUUAUCAUGGCAGAUCAUGAUGCAGAAUCUUGCUCCUCACAUUUCAUGUAUGAUGUUUUUCUGAGCUUUAGAGGCUUCACCCGCUACGGAUUCACGGAUCGCCUCUAUCAUGCUUUGUGUGAGAGAGGAAUCACUACCUUUAGAGAUGAUGAGAAUCUUAGAGUUGGUGAUAGAAUCAGAGACACUCUUCUUGAAGCCAUUGAAAGAUCCAGGAUGUCCAUUGCUGUGCUGUGUCAAAACUACGCCUCUUCAGCAUGGUGCUUGGAUGAACUUAUCCAAAUCAUGGAGUGCUCUAACAAAGGAACAAAACGGCCAGUUUUGCCAAUUUUUUACCAUGUGGAUCCAUCAGAUAUAAGGCAUCAGAAGAAUCAAUAUGACCAAGACAUGAAGAAGCAUGAAAGCAGAUAUGGCAAAGACUCGCACAAGGUACAAGCAUGGAGGUUGGCUUUGUAUGAAGUUAGCAAUCUAAGCGGAGAGCAUUGUAAAGCGAAUCGCUAUGAAAGUGAGAUUAUCGAGAGUAUUGUUGAAGAGGUCUUGGCAAAGCUUCCUCCUGAACCACUAUAUAUUAAGCAUCCAAUUGGUUUUGAUUCUCACUUUGAAGCGGUGGAAUCACUUUGGAAUAUCAAGUCUCAUAAUACCAUUUGCAUGUUGGUCAUUUAUGGAGAUGGUAACAAGACCACAUUUGCUGGAGAGUUGUUUAACAAGUUCCAGCAUCAAUUUCAAGCUGCGAGUUUUCUUGAUAAAGUCUCUGAAAAAUCAAGGGGAGGUGCUGAUGGCCUAGAAAAUCUCCAAAAAACACUUUUAUAUGAGAUGGGUGUGCAUGAAAAAGUUAAGUUGGGAAGCACAUUAAAAGGAUCUUUUGAUAUAAAGCAAAGUUUGCGUAAUAAAAGAGUCUUUCUAGUUCUUGAUGAUGUUGAUAGUACAGAACAGCUGGAUGCAUUGGCAGGAGGAGGUGAUUGGUUUUGUCCUGGGAGUAGAAUUGUUAUAACAACAAGAGAUGCCAAUUUCCUAAGUAAUCAAGUGUUACACGGAUUCAAGAUUGAGAGAUAUUGCAUUAAUGAAGGUGAAUUUGAUAGAAUGGAAGCUCUCGGGUCAAAUCAAAAGCAAGAUAAGGUAGUCGAGGAAGAUAUGGUGGGCUUUGUGAAUAUCUUCAAUGAUGUAACUAAGCAGUUGAAGGAAAAUGACUCAGGUGUUGAUGUUAUCUCCAUAAUAGGCAUGGGUGGUUUGGGUAAGACUACUCUCGCUAAAAAGAUUUACAACAAUAAUGAGGUGAAGAAGUUGUUCCCUUGUUGUGUGUGGGUUACUGUUUCUAAGGACUACAAAGCCAAGGAGCUUCUUCAAAGCCUUCUGAAAGGUUGUGGGUUAUCCGAGUCCAUUAAAGGCGAAGACAUAAGCGCGGAUUAUCAAAGGAGCGUGGUCCGAGAAUUCUUAGAGACAAAGAAGUAUUUGAUAGUGCUUGACAACAUAUGGGAGCCUGAAGUUUGGGAUGAGGUAGAAUGCUUUUUUCCAGAUAACAAUAAUGGGAGUGCAAUAUUGAUAACUAGCCGUAAUGAUGGUGUGGCAAACUAUACAGGAUCAAAAUCUUACUACCCUCCAUUGCUAGAUAAAGAUGAAAGCUGGAAAUUAUUCUGCAUGAAGGUGUUUAAGAGCAGAGAGUGUCCUUCUAAUUUAGAACACAUGGGUAGAUUAAUGGUCGAAAAAUGUGGAGGUUUACCACUUGCUAUUGUAACCUUAGCAGGAGUUGUUGCUAAGAAGAGAAGACUACCAGUUGAGUGGACGAGAAUCAUGCGCAACGUCCUGUGGUACGUUGACAAGGAUGAUGGCAGAGUAACAAAUGUGUUAAAGCUCAGUUAUGAUAGCUUGCCUCAAAGAUUGAAGUCUUGUUUUUUAUUUUUGGGAGUGUAUCCCGAAGAUUAUGAAAUUCCUGUGAAACGAUUGAAACAAUUAUGGAUUGCUGAAGGGUUAAUACAACCGCCGAAAAUAGGAAUAUCAGAUGGUCUAGAAGUAGAAGAUAUUGCUGAAGAGUACUUGAAUGAGCUGGUGGAUCGUAGUUUGGUGAUGGUGGUGAAAAGAAAGAGUGACGGAGGGGUCAAAAGUUGCUGGAUUCAUGACCUUCUCCUUGAUCUUUGCAUAUCAGAGAAUAGAGCUGAAAAAGGUAUAGAGAUCUGCACUGGAAAAGACAUUCCAUCCCUUGACAAUGUCGAGACCUGUAGGCUGUCCCUUCGAGGCCAGUAUUCGAAUUUACUUGAGCAGUGUGAUCUCUCCCGCGUUCAUUCUUUAAUGUGCUUUUGGGAUUAUUGCUAUUUUACAGAAACGCUGUGGAUCAAUGUAAUGAGUUUCAGUUCAGCUCGCAUUCUGGACUUUGGAAAACCCUGUUUUGGUUUAUCACCAGCGGCCCAGAACUUGGGUACACACAUCCAUUUAAGAUACUUGAGAGUAAAUCAGGGUGCAUGCGUCGAGGAUCAUCCUGAUCUCAUUUGCAGCCUUGCGAAUCUAGAAACUCUAAUUGUUGAAGACUUUUCUGAUAGGCAUUUUUUUAAGCUCCCGCAUGGAAUAUGGAGGCUCAAGAAACUGAGACAUCUUGAAGGAAGGCUACGUAUGACGAGCAAGACGGUUCCACCAAACACGUCGGGAGAAGACUGUUUGCCGAAUCUCCAAACUCUCCAACUUGUCACUCUUGAAAAAGGGCUGACAAUGUCCUCGAUUGCUAUUGGAAGAUUCCCCAAGCUGAGAAAAUUUGGUUUGCGGUGGAAUUUUGGAAGUGGAUGCACAGAGCAUGAACUAUUACAAGGCUUGCAUCACCUAAAAAAUCUAGAAGAACUAAAACUAGUGGACUUUCAUGAAUUGCCACAAGCACAUGAAUUUCCCUCCAAUAUUACCAAGAUAACGAUAAACAUAUUAAGUCCUACAGAUUGGUUCGGCUUCAACUACCGCUACAGUAGCUUGAAUACUCUAGGAGAUCUUACCCGCCUCCAUGUUCUGAAGGUAACCACACCAGUGCAUUACCUGGAGGACUCUCUUCGCUUUGCCGCUGGAAGCUUCCCAAAUCUUGAAGUGCUUCAUGUGACAAUGAUGCGUGUCAGAGAAUGGAUAUUAGAGGAAGGUGCAAUGCCAUCUCUCCAACACCUAAUCAUGGACCAGUGUUACUUGGAUGAGCUUCCAGAGCAACUGUGGUCCUUGAAUAACUUGCAAAAUGUGCGUGUUGUGGACCCACCUCGAAAAUUGGGAGAAAGCCUCCUACGUGUUAAGCCAAAGGAUGGUUGUAAGGUCAUCUUAGAAGGACAGGACACGGGAUAUUAUGAUGAUUAUGUUGUUGAAGAAGAAGAAGAAGAAGAAGAAGAAGAAAAUAGAUAGCAAGUUCAUCAAGAACAAUUUUGUGGUUUCAAAGAAGCAGACAAGGCAAGUGCACACAGUGGAUUUGCCACCAAAAUAGUGUUGUCGCUUACAAGCCCAAGAUGUUACAUAUGUGAAGGAUUGAAGAGAGAGAUUCUUAGAUGGGAUAUGCGAGAGUUAACUGGAGAGCUGUUCUAUUUUGGAUGUUGUGAGGUUGGGUCUUAGAUAUAAUCGUGUUUGUUUGGUUUUAUGUGUGAUGUAUUUUUUAAGGCACUUACUCAAAUGAAGAUGCUAAAACUAUCUUUUCAUAAAGAUACUUGUGUUAAAACUUAAAAGUGUGAUUUGUUUAUUUAGCUAUUAAACUUUGCAAUUCAUCAUCUAAUGGUAAAAAAUAAGUAUAUUUAUAUAGAGACAA